GAGCAAGACGCGUCGUCUCAUGCCCCACCAAGGAAGUCGAACUUGUCUGCUCACUGUCAACACAACACCAACGCCGCUGAGGAACUAGCACCCCGGCACCGCUUGCACAUAUCGAUCCACGACCAGGAAAGCAGCUGCUGGUCGCCGUAUUUCCAACGAAAACUUGUUUUCCCUGACUACAAGCAUAGAGCACUGAAUCAUGGCCGGUUCGUUGUCAAAAGCCAGUGCUCCGUUGCUGUGAGCUGGUCGCUAACUAUCCCAGAUUACGGCGGUGGCUACUCGACAACUUCCUACGGGAAUGGUGGAGGCGAAGGCGGCGGCGGCUUCAUGUACGGUGGCUCCCAAGGUGGCAGCCAAGGCGGUCAGAAGAACUUCGCCGAUGAAUCAUUACGGCCAGUCACCAUCAAGCAGAUCAUUGAUGCUGAACAAGGCGCCCCAGAAGACCCCUUCCGGAUCGACGGGCAAGAAGUCACACAGGUCACCUUUGUCGGCAUGGUGCGCUCGAUAUCCCCACAGACGACAAACAUCACGUACAAGAUCGAUGAUGGCACUGGCAUCAUCGAGGUGAAGCAGUGGCUCGACAGCGAUAAGCAGGACGAGGCGUCCUCCAAGGCCGACAUCCCUCUCGACAGUUACGUUCGCGUCUGGGGCCGAGUUCGCAAUUUCAACAGACGGCAUGUUGGGGCUCAUGUCAUCAAGCCCGUCCAGGACUUUAACGAGGUGAACUAUCACCUCCUGGAAGCCACUUACGUCCAUCUCUUCUUCACAAAGGGCGGGCUGCCCAGCGCUGGUGGUGCAAAUGGCUCAGGCGGCGACAGCAUGUUCGUCGACAACGACUCGUACGGCAACAGUGGUGGAAAUGCCAGUUUGGCUGGCAUGUCUGCCAAUGCCCGUAAGAUGUUCCAGUGGCUGCAGAACGCGGAAGGCGGCAACGAAGGUGUCAACUUGCACAUGAUUGCGCAGGGUGCUCGCAUGUCCGUACCGGACGUCAUGGCUGCCUCGGAGGAGCUGAUAGGUCCUGGGUUGAUCUACACGACUGUUGAUGACGAGACUUUUGCUAUUCUCAGCUACUGAUAAGCGGAGACGGAGUCGGCACAUAAUUAAGAGUAUAGAAAUGCGAUCAAAACUGGCGAGGACCCAAGCCGGAUUCUGACGUUCUUAAACCAACAUUUUGUCUCG